CAAUCCCAUCGCACGGUCAUCCAUACGCUUGCUAGAGCGAGCGAGGGAGAAUCUCAACGUUCUCCACCCGUCCACCCUAUCAAUGAGCCGAGCUCUGUGAGCUAGGGGGUCAUAGGGGUACAUGGAUCAUUCGCUCGCUCGCUCGCUCGCUUACUCGGACGCUGAUCAAAUAAAGCGGGUAAAUCAAAGUGCAAGAGAUACGCGCGAUUGUUGUCAUUGUGGUGGUGGUGGUGGUGAGGGUGGUAUGGUAACCUGUAGAAUUUGCGGCCUCAGCGGACUCUAUCAGCUGACAUUUGAUGUCGCCCCAUCCUUAUCGGCGUUGCUGUGUGCGUGCAAAGGUUUCGCGGCGCCAUUAAGCGCGAAGCGCUCGAAUCGCAAGCAACACACAAGACAAAAGCCAAAUCGCAGCUCCCGGGGCGCGGUUAUUGGCAGUAACAUCAUCAACAGCAACAGCAGCAGCAGCAGCAGCAGUAGAGGUUCCAGAGCGCACUCUUGCACAAUAUGCUCCAAAGACUGGUGGAUGAGUUCAGGGCGGUCCCGGUGACCCGACAGGCCCUGCUGGUAGCGGCUGGCCUCGGCGGAGUUGCGGUGGUAUCGGCAGCCGCCUACCUGGCGAAGCAGCGACUCGACAAUACGCCCCCGAAACGGUGGCGCAAGGCCGGCGAGCUAACCGAGAUCUACGUCUACCCGAUCAAAUCGUGCGGUCCGGUCGUCCUGCAGGCGAUCGACUGUAUCGCUACCGGACCGGGUCAGGAUCUGAUGCGCGACCGCACCUUCCUGGUGACGAACGAGGAUGGCAAGUUCGUGACGGCGCGCAUGAAACCGAAGAUGGUGCUGAUUGCACCGCGGUACGAUGCACCGACCACAACACUGUACCUGCAGGCACCCGGUAUGCCGGAGCUACGGAUCGAUGUGGGCGAGCUGGCACGGAAGGCGACACGGGGGGCGACCGCUGAUCCAGUGACCGAGCGGAGCGUUGUGUGGGGCGAGGGUGUAACGGUGCUCGACUGUGGGGACACCGUGGCUCAGUGGUUUUCGCGCUACCUGCUCGACAAGGACAGUGGCUACCGGUUGCGGUACUAUCCGCACGCGCACAGCCAGCGGCGCCGGAACGGUGACGACACCGGUACGCUGCACGAUGAGACGAGCUACAUGCUGUUCAACGAGGCCAGCGUGACCGAGCUGAAUGGCCGGCUGGAGAACAAGGUGACACCGCUGCGCUUCCGGCCCAACUUUGUCGUUCGUGGUCCGGAACCGUAUGCCGAGGAUCGCUGGAAGUGGGUGCGAAUCGGGGACGUCGUGUUCCGCUAUCGCAUACCGUGCCUGCGAUGCGUCUUCACUACGAUCGACCCGGAUACUGGGGUCGCCCACCCAGACAAGGAACCGUUGCGGACGCUGAAACAAUAUCGACAGAUACCGGCGCUGGGUGAAUCGCCGGCCCUCGGUAUCCAUCUUGGAUUGCGCCGCGCCGGCAGCGUCAAGAUCGGCGAUUCCGUCUACUUUGCCUAGCCACGCUUUUAGGACUUUUCUUUCGUCAACCUAUCAACUCAACCCAACAUAACCACAACCAAUCAAGAAGACGCUUUGGCGUAUGUGAACACUGUAUCGGGACCACGGGGCAGCGGUCACAUCAUUAUUGUAUCGCAGUUUGUCACACUAAUCUGCUCGCGUAUACGAGUAAAUACAUACGUUCCGCGACCGGCGCCAACUGAC